GUUCCCUCAGUAAGGUUUGAGUGCACUCGAAAGGGAGUUCCCAUCUCCCUUUCCAGCUGACUCCACUCUUGCUAGGUUUCAGAACUGGCAAAUUCAUCGAGGUCAAGUAUUGUUGGUGUGUUCGGCGGGCAUCUAGUUCUGAUGAUGACCAAAACCUGAAUUGAUGACAGAUGAUCCUUGGCAGAUUGGGAAUACUAUUCUGGAACCUCGUUCUGAAGAAUGACAGACUAUUAUAAGGUGCUGGGCAUACGUCGUGAUGCCAAUGCAGCGGAGGUGAAGACAGCGUUUCGUAGGCUGGCCCUGAAGUUCCAUCCUGAUAGGCAUGUGAAUUCAUCUGAUCAGAGUAAGCAUAGUGCUGGCCAGAAGUUCAAGGAAUUAUCGGAGGCGUAUGAGGUAUUGAGUGAUGAGAAGAAACGAGCAGUUUAUAACCGAGAAGGAAGGGCCGGAUUUAGGACACCGUAUGGACGAGGAACUUAUGAGAGAGAAGAAGCGCAUCGGCGGACCGCUGGAGGAGAUGCAUGGAGAGCUCAGUACGAGCAACAGCCAUUCCAUAGCGCAAAAUCCUAUCCCGAAGGAGUGUAUAGGGUACGUUUUCGAUGGCCAUGGAGUGCUCCCUCGGGUUUGUCUAGGGCUGAUUAUUUUCUCCAUGGUUUUAUUUUUUUGGUUGCAGUGAUCGGCUUUACAGCCGUCGAUAAGGCUUUUGACUCUAUUUGGAAAUCGAAAAAUACUGGGAAAUCUUUCGAAGAAGCUAUUGAGGCUGUGGAUCGUGGAAAAGAGAGCAAAACUCUCAAGGAAGAAAAGAACAAGUGACGUGAAAAAAAUAUCGUCGAUAAAUUGUUUCAGUAGUUCUUGCCAGAGAAAUUCCAUCGAUAUUGUACAUAUAUUUCUUCAUUGGUCAUUACAUGUGAAGCUACAAUUUUAGCUUCGAUUGGAAAUAUAAAAUAGUUAAUGAGUUUAUCAGUCAGUGCAGUGCAGAUGUGAUCUCUAUCGUUACCGGGCCACAUUUAAAUUCAACUUCCAGUGCACGUCAAUACGAAUUCAGGAACAUAGGUAGGUUGUAGAAGUAUAUCUUGUUACAGAUCUUGCUGUGCACUUGACCCGCUUGCACAGAAUCGUUUCUGGUACCUGAAGAUUAGUCAUGAAUCAAUAUGCAUGGCGACAUCCACCGAAAAGUAGAUUCAUGUGACUGGAAAUCAAUUCGUCACUAUUGACUUCUUUCUCCUCAUUCAAGGUUGAAAGAGGCGGAGCUUGUAUUUGAAGGCCACGCCAUUGGGCCUUCAAGGAAACAUCGUAAGCAUUUCAUUCAAUGUCAAGUAUUCAAUGGACGUACACAGCAUUACUCAGACACCUGCAAUAGGCUUCGAGGGAAGAGGUAGCAUGUGUUCGUGAUUCGUAGGGUUUAGAAAUGCGGUCCACCUUAAUCUUUUAUAUACCAAACAGAUCACAAAUGACGUACUAAGAAACUGAUCCCUCAUUGUCCACCAUGUAUUACCCUACACUCCAAGCUAAUUAAAGGUUUCUUGGUUGACCCCUGAAAGUUCGGACUGACCUUGGUUUAU